AUGGCAUUUGAACUCGCCCAGAAACCCAUCAGCCGUUUAAGGCGCUACAGAUUGCUCGCCCCUUCAGCCGGGCUUAGAGUCAGCCCUCUGGGGCUGGGGAGCAUGGCGUUCGGAGAGAAAUGGUUGCUCGAUAGGAGUGCGGUUCUUGGGAAAUGCGAGAAACCAACUGUCUUCGAAAUCUUGGACUUCUUCUAUGAGCAAGGGGGGAACUUUAUUGAUACCGCCAAUAAUUAUCAAGAAGGAGAAUCCGAGGCUUGGAUCGGUGAAUGGAUGGUGGCUCGCAGCAAUCGAGAAGAACUUAUAAUCGCCACCAAAUACUCGUCUGCCUACACACAGGACGGAAGUGAAUCGACUAUCCGGGCCAAUCGUGGAGGAAAUGCCACCAAGAGCAUGGUGCAGUCACUGGAGAAGAGUCUCCAGCGACUCCAAACCAGAUACGUGGACAUACUCUACGUGCAUUACUGGGACUUUACGACCUCUAUUCCUGAGCUGAUGCAGUCCCUGAAUCAUUUGGUUGCCAGUGGGAAGGUGCUGUAUCUGGGUGUCAGUGAUACCCCAGCUUGGAUUGUAGUCAAAGCGAAUGAGUAUGCCCGUCACCAUGGGUUGCGGCAGUUCAGCAUGUAUCAGGGUCGAUGGUCAGCUGCCCAGCGUGACAUGGAAACGGACAUUGUUCCCAUGUGCCAAGCCGAAGGCAUGGCCAUUGUGCCGUGGGGUACUCUAGGGGGUGGGAAGCUCAAGCACCCUCGCGAUCACGACCCUACUCAGGGACGCCAAUUCCCGGACCCUCCAAAGGAGAUGCGGAAGAUCGGAGAGAAGAUCCGGAAUCUUGCUGAGCAGAUGAAGACUCACCCGACAGCACUGGCCUUGGCGUACAUUAUGAGUAAAGCCCCCUACACCUUUCCCAUCGUUGGUGUGCGAACUGUGGAACAGUUGAAACAGAACCUGCAGGCGUUGGAGCUGCAGAUUGACGAAGGAACUGUCCGGGCUAUUGACCAAUGUGUCCCAUUUGACACACGAUUUCCUCUGAGUUUCCUGGCUGGGGAGAAUAUCAAGGGCGCUUUCGGGCCUGAGGAUGUGUACUUCACCAAGGAGUGCGGAACCUUUGAUUUUCCGGCACGACCCAGGGCUAUUCCAAAUUAUCGGGAGGAGACAGGAGACGUCUAA